CUGCUACUACAGGCGCUCAACGGCUUCGUGCUGGUGGUGACAUCGGAAGGACUGAUAUUUUACUCCUCGCAUACAAUUCAGGACUAUCUGGGGUUUCAUCAGACAGAUGUCAUGCACCAGAGCGUCUUUGAGCUGAUCCACACCGAGGACCAGGAGGAAUUCAGGCGCAACCUCCGCUGGGCGCUCAACCCACCCCACGCUCCCGAGGGUGAGCCUUCUGCGGAAGGAGGGAAGAGUCUCAGCUCUUCUGCUGUCACCUACAAGCCAGAUCAGCUGCCCCCAGAAAACUCCUCCUUUCUGGAAAGGAGCUUCGUGUGCCGCUUUCGCUGCCUCCUGGAUAAUUCCUCCGGCUUCCUCGCUUUAAACCUGCAAGGCAGGCUGAAAUUCCUUCAUGGGCAGAACAAAAGGUCUGAAGACGGGUCUGCACUGCCACCCCAGCUCGCUCUCUUCGCUAUCUCCACCCCCUUGCAGCCCCCGUCCAUCCUGCAGAUCCGAACCAAGAACAUGAUCUUCAGGACAAAGCACAAGCUGGACUUCACCCCCUUGGCCUGCGAUGCCAAGGGGAAGAUCGUUUUGGGCUACACCGAGGCGGAGCUGCGGAUGUGUGGCACCGGCUACCAGUUCGUCCACGCUGCCGACAUGCUGUACUGUGCUGAAAACCAUGUCAGGAUGAUGAAGACGGGCGAGAGCGGCCUGACAGUCUUCCGCCUGCUGACGAAGGAGAACCGCUGGAAGUGGGUGCAGGCCAACGCGCGUCUGGUCUACAAGAACGGCAAGCCCGAGUACAUCAUUGUCACGCAGAGACCCCUCGUAGAUGAAGAAGGAGGAGAGCACCUUCGGAAACGGUCCAUGCAUCUUCCCUUUACCUUUGCUACAGGAGAAGCGCUCUUAUACCAGAGCGCUUACCCUAUCCCAGGCUUCCCUGACCCUUUCCAGAGCAAAGGGAAAACCAGCAAGUCCAAGAAGACCUCCCACAGCCAUGGAGGGCGCUCCCAGAAGGAUGGUGUUGACCCCAGUUCUCUGCUGGGCGCUGUGAUGCAGCAGGACAAGGCGGUGUACGCCUCCCACCCAGCUCCCACACCUAACCGCUCCUUCAGCAGCAGUUUCGUGGACCACCUUGAGGAUGUGUCCUUGCUGGAUUCAGGAGGAGAUGCCUGGCGUAUGGGCGCUGCUCCAGCUUCUUCAGGCGGGGGCAAUCUCAAAGAGGAGCUGGUGGAUUUGCAGCAGGAGGACCCUCUCUUGGCCACCCUGGACUCACUCUCAAUUAAAAGUGAUGAGAGCUGUUCCAACAGUGAGCUGUUCAGUGCACUGGAGGGCCUGGGGUUGAAUGCUGAAGACCUGGAGCUCCUGCUGCUGGAUGAGAAAAGGGUGAUGGUCAAUAUGGACCCCGACCACACCCCAUCCCUGAACGACUGCCUUGCCAGCAACGAUAUUCUAUCCUACAUCCACACCACGCUGGUGAGCAAGCACGAGGGAGGACAACAGGUCUGUCCCCUGCCAGGCACGUCCCCAAGCCCAUGUGGAGGCACUGCUACGUACCAGGCCCACGUGGAGGCCCAGGACUCGCAGUACCUGCCCCAGAAUCUUAUUCCCAAGAAGCAGCCGAGCCUUGCUCCCUCCGUGCCCCAGCACCCUUUUCCGAGCUCGUCUGCAGAGUGCUUCGGGAGCAUCGGCAGCCCGCUGGAGCCUCCCGUGAACUCCUAUGGGACGUACGCCUCCGGGCUGAGCCAGGAGAGCAGGGACAGG